AUGCAGGUUGGUGAGCAGUUUGCACGGAUUACGGUGCCGCUUUACGAGGAGUCUCAGCCGUUUCCAGAUGGGCUGCCUUGGUUGAGAGUGCCACGUCGGCGCAGCCAAGUGCAUGCUGCCCUUGAGCAGAGGCCGGGCGUUGGGUGGGUUGUGCUGUCCCUCUUGGAAGAUCCGGGGGCUGCAGAGACAGGAGUGCCGCCACGCCGAACCGAUGACAUCGUUGCGGCGGAGAGCGGCCGCUCAGUGCAGGGCCUGCGGCCUCGCAGCGCUCGCAGCAAAUGGAUGCCUGGCUGGCCGGUGAGGCCCAGCGAAGAAGUGAGCUCAGAGAAGCCAGAUGCAGCUGCCGAGGGGGUGCAAGCUUGGUUACUUCGGAAUCAAUCGAAGAUAGAGCAGGCCGAGCGCCUUCUGAGUGCUCGCUGGGGAGAUGCUACGCUCUUCAAUGAGAACAUGAAACUCUGCGGUGAGGUGCUUCAAGUGAUGAAGCAGGUGCUGGGUUUGGGCUGCCUUGGGAGCGCGGAUGCGGAGAGCAAAUCCUUAUUGGUCCUUGGCGAACGUGGCUCAGGGAAGAGACAGGCUGUGGAUUGGUGCCUGCACCGCCUCAAGGAGGAGCGUUCCGAUGUGUUUGUCUUGAGGGCCACUGGAGGAGCUUACAACUCCAACAUGGAGUGCUUGCGGCAUUUGGCCGCUCAAGUUGCCGAGCACUGUCUCUCAGCAAAGCCCAAUUCGCUGGAGGGCUCCAUGGAGUGGUUUCGCAGCCUGCUUGAGGCGAGCUUCAGGCAUGACAGUGCCAUCGUGAUCCUUCUUGAUCAAUUUGAGAAGUUCUGCUGCUUUUCACGGCAGACCCUGUUGUACAACCUCUUCAACCUUGCCCAAGAGCUGAGCAUCCGCCUAUGUAUCGUAGGCAUUUCUGACAAGUUGGAUGUUGUUUCGCACCUGGAGAAGCGAAUACAUUCCAGAUUUCACAUGCAGUGUCUGUAUUCUACGUUUCCGCGGGAACCAGCUGAACUUCAAGAAGCACUCGAAUGCAAGAUCCACCUGCCACAGGGCAGUAAAGGCUUGGAUGACGCCUUCAUCACGCAAUUUAAUGACAAGGUGUCUGAUGCCCUUCUGGCGCAAUUGCCUGACUGGAUAGAGGAGAUGGAGUGCGGCAAAAGCCCCACUUAUUUCCUCUGGAAGUGCGUGCCCAUCACAGACUUUCUGAGACAUGCUGCCGACUGUCCAACCAGCCUACAGACCCCUCAGAAGUGUGCUCGAGUCUGUAGUCGACUUGCCUCCGUUGACUCGGCCGAGCAGAGACAAGAUGUGCUGUUGUCAGGCCUUACCGAGGGCGAGCACAUGAUCCUGCUCGCACUGUACCGUCAAUGGGAUCGAGCGCAGCAGAAAACUCGAAGCCUCAGCACGACGCUUUACGAACUCAAGCGUUUGGUGGCCAACGAAGGCGUGUUGGCUGCCCAUACAGAUGCAACAUUGACAAGGGCCUUUGAGCGGCUACUGGAACUCAAACUGGUCCGAUUCAGCCCUGGUGCAUCAGAGGAUGUUCCCAAGAUGUUCCGCGCAUGUGAAAGCAGUGUGGAUAGCAUUUACCGGAAGUGGGUAGCGGGCCUGUCCGAUAAGAAUGCGAGCGAGAAGCAGAAGGUAGACGAGCUGCCCAACCCUCUGAGACGGAAGGACGCUGGAAAGGAUCAAAAGGAUCAAAUCACCCAGGUAAUGAUCAGGUCCUUCCCGAGACUAGAGUUAGCGGUGCUGGGUUCGUGCGUGGUGAUCUCACCUGGAAGCCUAGCGGAUGCAGUGGGUGACAAGCCUCUGGUCAACAGGCCUGACAGCCUCCGCGUGUUGUUGAGUGAGUGGACUGUAUCAUGCAAAACUGCGUGGGUUGCAGGGGCGGCCGGCACCAACAAGGCCUAUCGACCACUGCUUCCUGGCCCUGGAGGGAGUGAUGCGCUGGCACUUGAGACUCCUGGGUCUGCGAAAGCUGGCGAGCUCCCCAUCGAUAUAGAGUCCGAUAGAUCUGCCCUCACCUGGCUGCUGCAGAGCAACGAAGAUGAAGUCCGCAAGGUUUUGAUAGAUCUGGCGGAGCGAAGAGCUUGGCUUCUGCAGCAGGCAUUGGAAGCAGCGACUGACUGCUCGAGCUAUCUAGGCUCGCCUCGAAGGCAGGAAUCGCCUCGAAGGCAGGAAUCGCCCCACAGGUUGAUGCAGCGGACUUUGCAAAUUGCUGCAGCAACGCCAACUGCCAAGCCGACUUCCUCGAAAUCCUUCAAAACCGGCAAGACAGACUUGCCGCAGAAUUGGCAGGAUUGUAUCGUGCAGUUUUCAUCCCCUGUAUAUUUAGUUGAAGAGGACGAUGGGGAGGUCGUCCUCGAUAUCGUUCGCGUAGGGCCCACCGAUUCAGCUUGUCAAGUGAGCUAUGCUACGCGUGAUUGCUCCGCCAAAGCUGACACUUCUUUCAAGGCCACCGCAGGCACCGUGCAUUAUGAUCCGGGUGAGUUCAUGAAAUCCAUUGCGGUGCCGCUCAUUAGUAACACCAGAUGGGAUACUCACGUCGAAUUUGCAGUGGAGCUGUUGGAAGAUGGCUUGACAGGUGCGGUGCUUGGCCACUACCUGCAUGAAACUCGCGUGAAAAUUAUUGAUGAUGACACCUUUCCCUCCACUCGCUUCAAAGACCAGGUUCUCGCACAGGAUUUCGACUCCAUCCCCAGAUUGGGGCUGCUCCGGGAGUACAUCUCUCGAAAUGUCGGGGAGACGCUUGUGAAGCAAGGCACUAUCAAGAUGGUGAUGGUGGCUGCGCUCGACAGUUUGUUCUUGAUGUUCAAGCUGCUCCUGAACCUCUACAUCCUGCAGUAUGUGCUGCAAAAGGACUACCCAGCAGAGGACCUGCUGAUUGUUUCUGAUCGAGUGGAGUUCCUUUACGGCUCCAUGGCCAUCUUGCUUUUAUGGUUCGGCUUCCAGCAUUACCUGCACUACCUGCAGCCGACUUGGAGAGUUGCCGGGCUCACCCGUGCAGUCUUACAAACCGGGCUCAUUUCUAGCUUUCUGAGCUAUGACGAAGAGUCGCGGAAUACAGUGGAUACUGGACAGAUUGGUAUGGCAAUGAUCCAUGAUGUGCCAAAUCUGGUCAACAACGGAUACCUGGGUUUGGUCGCCCUCAUUAGCGCAGUGUUCAAGCUGAUAGUUAUGCUGGCAUUUCAGAUCGUGGUGCCGCCCCUGCUGGGUAAGAGCCCCACAUGGCUCGGAGUGGUCCCGGCUCUAUGCAUUCCACUGGUUACGUGCAUUUUCUUGUGCCUGCGAUUCAACUCCCAGACGUCUGUGCUGCGUGACAGCGAAGACAAGGAAGCAGGCAUGGUGGGCUACAUCACGGAGAGCGUGCGGAUUUUUCGCUUGGUUGCCGACUUUGGACAGUCAGCCUCCGUGAUGGAUGCUUUUCAUGAUCGCCUGAUGGCAUUUAACAAGUCGGCGAUUGCAGUGACCCAGAUGGAGGUAAACAACCAGCAGUUUGUGCAAUGGAUGACAACCUUCCUGGUUGCGGUCUACACUGUAUUUGGUGGCAUUUCCGUCAUGAAUGACCGGCUGGAGUUUGGCAUGUAUGUCACCAACAUAGGAGUUUUCAACACAGCCGGGGCUGCUGGCGCAGAGCUGUGCAAUGUCCUGCUGGCGAUGCAGAAAGUGGCUCCGUCCCUGGAUCGUUUGGUCAGAUUUUUGAAUCUGCCUACGGAUCUGCUGCAUCGUAGAGACUUAGAGCGUCACCGUCGCUUAGCCACCGCGCAGUUCGUCAAAGAGAAGACGGGCGAAGUUCCCGACGCAGACCCAGGAUUCGUGGUGGACAUGCUCAACCUGGCCAUCAGCAAUCUGCAGUUCUCGUACCCAGACGGUCAGCCCGUCAGCUUUGACGGAAGGCUGGAGUUCCCGCAGGGCAAGCUUCUUGCGAUUGUCGGGGCUCGACACUCCGGAAAGUCGACGCUACUGAGGAUUCUUGCGGGGCGAAACCUGCCCCAGCUGCUCCAUCCGGGGGCUCUCUUCUUUGUUCCUGCGCACCUUCAAGUACUGUACGUGCCGCACACGAUCCUAUUCUUCCAUGGCAGUCUGUACGACAACUUGGUCUAUGGUGCCAGGCAUGAGGAAGACGCUGCCAUGCAGCGAGUUCUGAACAUUUGCGAGAGCCUUCACUUGGGACCCAAGAUUCUGGAGGAGAUCAAAUCGCAAGCCGAGAUUAAGGAGCGCGAUUGGGCCAACAAGCUUUCGGCCACACAGUCUCAGGCACUUUCCCUGGCGAGGGCUUUUAUCGCAAAUGCAGAGUUGAUGUGCUUGGAAAAGCCCACAGAGCAGUUUCAUGAGGAAGACGCCAAGCGGAUCUGCAAGCUUCUUCGCAUGCACGUGAAGCAGCGAGGCCUCGAGACCGAUGAGGAAGCCAUUCUGCGCCGCAGACCUCGGACGUGCAUAUUCACCACAAAUCGGUUGUUGUGUGUUAGAGCCGCAGAAGCCUGCUACAUGGUUACGCACGACAAAGGUGUCCAGCAGAUAGCGAGCAGCGAAGUCACCGAGCAGAUGUUGCGUUGA